AACAUUGUAGCCUACGCAAAUGUACGACCGCGAAGAGGUGAAACCUCUCGUUUGCCCAUCAGCGAAGAGUGGACAGUGACGGACAGUUUACCGGAAAAUGAAAACGACUUACUUGAGAGAGCAGAGACUAUAGGAAACCGAGAAAUAAAUAUUAUCAACUGAACGAGAUAGUGCGUAACAGCGUCACCAGAGCGCCACUACUGCCUACGCUACAAAAGUGGACUUCUCUUUACUGUUUCACUUUGCCGCUGGCCAGGUCACUGAGCUGCGUAGCCUGCGCGCCGUCCUCGACAGACACAGAGGAGAACUGUCAGCUGGAUGCGCAGAACAUCCGUCGCCUUUUUGGUUAGAUCGUCUUGAGCCUACGGAACAGGUGACACAGUGGCGUGGAAAAACUACAUCGGAAAAACUAAACUACAUUUUGGGUCUGCUACAGUCUUCUGUUUUGUAAGGAUAACUGACAAACAUAUCCUAAAGUUGUAUCGGGUAAGAAACAAACGCGAGCCAGAUAAAAAUAGGAUGCGCGAAGUUCGAAGUUUUUAUCAGAGCUUCGGAAGCAUUACCUUCUGCCGGUGACAGUAGCGGAUGGCUUCCAGACACACAUCAACAGACCGUUUUUGAUAUCAAAAUCGAUCUCUAUUUUAUUUAUUCUUCUUCUUAUUACUACAACUACUAUUAUUAUUACUAUUACUACUACUAAUUAUCGACAUUACUUAAACUAUUACUCAGGUUGUCAUCAAUUCUAAUUGAGAUUGUCAUCAAUUUCCAAUGAACAUAUGGCAGUCAGAAGUAAAAUAAAAACAAAUGUGAAUUUAAAACAUUUUAAAUAGCUCAAAUGUGGGUGCUGAGAAGACUUGUUAUGGCUCCACGGCUGUUCUGAGAGUGAUAGGCACUCUGGAACCACCAUGCACUCCAGUGCCGUUAGUCCUGUGACAGGGUUUCUGCUCCAGAUCCAAGCCUGCCAACUCAGGGCUGAGCAGCCACAGGCACUGCCUCAUCACCUGACCCCAUCCUGACUCACCCUGGAGUGAGGAGCUGGCAGGUCACACCAUGGGGAACUCCUCCAGAAAGGAAGAGGAGGAGGAAGAGAAGGAGGAGACGGACGGCGAGACAGUCCACAUAACCGAGAGGAAGAAGAAGAAGAAGGAGGAGGAAGAGGAGGAGGUGGAGCUGCCCCUUGGAGUGGAGGAGUUGUUGACCAGUGGAGACCCUGUGUUGGACCUGAGCUACCGUAAAUUCCGUCGCUUACCCUUACGUGUGUGUGGACUAGAGCACCUGGAGAAACUGUAUGUCUGCGGCAACAGGCUUCGCACUUUACCCGACAGCAUUACCCAGCUGAAGGGUUUGAGGAUCCUAGCCCUGGACUUCAACAAGAUGGAGGAUGUGCCGCUGGCUGUCUGUCAGCUGAGUAACCUCACACGCCUCUACCUGGGCAGCAACCGGCUGAUCAGCCUCCCCCCAGAGUUGCGCAACCUCCAGAGGUUACGCUGCUUGUGGAUGGAGAGCAACUACUUCCAGCGCUUCCCUCGCCAGCUUUUUGACCUGCCCCAUCUCCGCUCUCUUCAGAUGGGGGACAAUCGGUUACGUACGCUACCUUCAGACCUGUGGCGCAUGGAGGCUUUAAGGGGGUUAUGGCUGUAUGGGAACCGCUUUGACGAAUUCCCCCGAGUUCUGCUGCGCAUGGAGGGCCUGGAGAUAUUAGACUUGGAUAAGAAUAAGAUCACAGAGUUCCCCAGCUUGAAGCGCCUCCCUGCCCUUCGCCUGUUCUCCUACGACCACAACCCAGUGGAGGGCCCUCCCAGGGUGCGCGAGGAGGUGGUCCUGGUAGGGGAGGGGGCGGAAGAGGCCAUGCAGGACCGGGAAUACUGGAAGGAACAGGCGCUAGCUGAAGCAAAAGAGGCGGAGGAGCUGGCCUUGGCAGGGGAGGAGGAGCCAGUGAUUCAUGGCAUCCUGAAGAAUAGCUGCUCGGCCCCUAGUCGUACUGCUGAUGACUUACUGGUAGCGGUUGGACGAGAGGAAGAAGGGGACUCGGAGAGGAAGGACGACGAAGGGGAUUUUGAAAAGCCGUCAACGGACUACGACGGCAAUGAACUCGAAUAUGACGAGGAUGGCUUGGAAUAUGAAAGGGAGGAGCUCAUAUACGAGGGGGAGGGCUUUGAAUUUGAAGGAGGAGGGCUGGAAUAUGAAAGAGGUGAGAUGGACUAUGAGUAUGAGUAUGAGGAGGAGCUACAACAUCGAGAGAGGCGGGUGCAGCAGUGACUCCUCCCCUCCAAAACCUUUCACCCCUAUAUGAUCUACCCCUCCUCCCAGAGAACAGAGUAUACAGGAACAGUAAUUAUCAAAUGAGACUGUUGGUUUGGGGUACGCAAUUGCAAUACACUAUCUAGAAAAAAUAUUUUAGAGCCAGAAUGGGUGCAUGAAAACUGGGAUUACUAAUUUAUUUGACAUCUUUAACUGAUCUGUGAAGAAUUUUCUUAACUGGACAUCUUUGCCAUUUCAAUCAGAUGCAAACUGGCAUGUCAGAUCCAGUUUCAGAUGACUCUGUAGGUGUGUGUGACUGUGUCUGUGUGUGUGACUGCAUGUGUGUGACUGUGUGUGUGUGACU